UAAAAUAAAAAUAAAAAUAAAUAAAUAAAUAAAAUAAUAAAAACAAAUAGUUUAAAAAUUAUGCAUUUGGUUGUGGCAAUAAUGAAUUUCCUACAAAUACCAAAAGCAACUGCUGUCAUUUGGCUGGCUUUUAGUCUAUUCGGUUUAUUAAUUAAGCUGCCAGUUACUACAGCGGGUCCUCAUGAGAAACGUUUACUUCAUGCACUUUUAGAUAAUUACAAUAGUUUAGAACGACCCGUUGUUAAUGAAUCCGAUCCACUGCAAUUAAGUUUCGGUUUAACCCUAAUGCAAAUUAUAGAUGUGGUAAGUGCGUAAUUUAUUUGUAUAUUAUAGAAAUUUUGCUUUAAACUCUGUAAUCAAUUACUUUCCAUACAUAUUUAAUAUGCUUUGACACAUUUGUUGCCGUAAGGUAUA